UGGAGCAAACUCCACCUCCAGCCACUUACUGAAGAGCCUCGCCCCACGGAAGAGGCGCAGUAACACGUGAAAGAAGGGUCCGCGUUGGUGGUACGCGUGUUCGUUUAAACGUUGAAUGAAACAGCUGACUUGACUGAAGACCGACCACUCGUGUGAUACGCCGGGAAGUGCAUGGUCCCACCAACAUGUGGACGAAACAGGCUGCCUCCACUUGCUGUGGUCUGAAAGGAGGACUUUUUGUUGGAGCCUUCUUAUUAACUUCACGUUUACUGCUGGCCUCAGCACAGUCUGUGUGUUCACCGGUGGAUUACCACUUUGAGUACACAGAGUGCGACAGCACCAACUCGCGAUGGAGGGUGGCUAUACCCAACAUACCCGGCAGCUGCCUAGGAUUUCCAGAACCCACGCAAGGAAAAGAAUGCUCUUUCUCAUGUGGGUCGGGAGAGUUCCUGAACAUCCCCACGGAGACCUGCAUCAAGUGUACACCUGGGACCUACUCCCUCGGCUCUGGGGUUCGCUUUGACGAGUGGGAUGCCCUCCCCACUGGGUUCUUGGCUGCAUCCAGCAGCCAGACCGUAAACCCCCAAUCGGAUGUCAACAGCUGCAACCAGUCACUUUGGACUCCAAAGGAUCAGUAUAUUGAGUCAAACAGAGAUGACUGCUCUGCUUCGCUCAUCUACCGAGUGAAUCUCAAGACGGAGGGAACCAUUGCGUUCGAGUACCAAUACACCGACUCCAACAUGUUCUUUGAAUUCUUUGUACAAAAUGAUCAGUGUCAAAUGACAGACUUCAAAGGCAAUGUGAAAUACAUGCCAAUAUCUGAAACUGGCAAGUGGGUCUCACACGAAGUAAAACUGCCGAAAGGGAGCAAUGUGCUGUACUGGAGGACAACGGGCAUGGUCAUGCACAAGGACAAUGAAGAUCCCAAGCCCGUGCGCAUGCGCAGCAUUCACAUCACAGGAAUUUCCUACACGUCUAAGUGUUUCCCGUGUAAGGCGGGCACGUUUAGUCAGGACGAGGGGGCGAGCUCCUGCCAGCUCUGUCCCAAGAACACCUACGCAGCGAAAGGCUCAUACAUGUGCUCCUUAUGUGAGCGUGACUACUACUCAGAUCCUGGGUCAAGUGAUUGCAAGCCAAAGGAGCCAUGCACUGCAGAUGACUACAUCUUCACGCACUCUGCUUGUGAUGAGGAAGGACAGACACAGCUGCAGUACAGCUGGGUGGAGCCGAUGGUGUGCCGGGAGGACUUGGAGGGUGCGGUGAGCCUACCGCAGCCGGGCAAGAAACAGCAGUGCGCGCCCUGCAACCCGGGCCACUUCAGCAGCGACGGCUCCAAGUGCCUACCUUGUCCUCAGGGCACAUUCUCCAACGGCACGACCGAGUGCAGCCCGUGCCCCGCCGGCACGGAACCCGUGCUGGGGCUGGAGUACAAGUGGUGGAGCAGCCUCCCGCAGGGCAUGAAGUCGUCGUGCUUCAACGUGGACAACACCAACUGCGACCAGAUGAAAGGCUGGUUGAUGGCACAGGACCACAUCGUCACUGGCACGGGAGCCUCGGACAACGACUACCUCAUCCUCUCUCUCUCUGUGCCUGGUUACAGCUACCAGACCAAGAAUGACAGCAAGUCCAUUGAGGUUUCCAGGGUCACUUUUGCCUUCGAGUUGGACUGUGUUUCUCAAUGUGAGCUCUUCUUCAUGGUGGACACCAACAGGAAGGCGACCAGGGUGAAGAACUCAUGGCAGGGCAAUCAGGAGAAGCAGGUGUACACGUACAUAGUGCCGGAAAAUUUCACGACCACCUUCACGUGGGCCUUCCAGAGAAGUUCAAACCCCAAGGCGGGCCGCGAGUUCGUCACCGACAUCGCCAAGAUCUACGCCAUCAACGUGACCAACGCGCUGAGCAGCGUGUCGUCGCACUGCCGGCCGUGCGCGCAGGGCGGCGGCUCCGGCGACGCCGACUGCGUGCCGUGCCCCGCGGGCUUCUACAUCACCGAGGACUCCUCGCGCGCCUGCGUCGAGUGCCCCGACAACACCGUGGUGGCCGACCGCCACGCGCUUGGCCGUGACUCCUGCCAGCCCUGCGGCCCCGCGGCCAGGAGCAACCCGAGCCACUCGGCAUGCUACAGUGACUGCACGUUCACAUACGAAACUGAGAGCGGCGUGCUCGAGUUCAACUACGGCGGUCUGAAUGGUACCACGAGCAAGGUGACUGGGCCCAGCUUCACGGCCAAAGGGACGAUGUACAACCUGGUCUACAACAUCAGCCUCUGCGGCAAUGAGGGCGUGAUGAAGGCACAGUGCGUGGACAACGUGACGAACGCCCAGCUAUCGCAGAAGGACCAGAGUCAGAGGACGCAGAUGGAGGCGUUCGUGUGCCGGUCGACCAUCAUCACGUCGGAGGCGCGCGGCAUCGGGGCUACGGUAUCCUCGCAGAUACUCAACCUGGCCGACCGCUUCAUAGGGGCAAGAACACAGAAUACACUUGACGGAAUACAGGCGCCUCUGGAGUUGUUUCCCCCAAGUGACUACCCCUCCAUCCCGGACAUCAUACAUUACUACAGGUCGUCGGACACCACAAACUCCUGUCCGGAUGGACGCGUCACCACCUUCCGGCUACGAUGCAGCCCGGAAAGCACACACAUUGAUGACAUCGCUGUGCCAAGCAAAUGCCCUGAAGGAACCUGCGACGGAUGUACAUUCCACUUCUUGUGGACAACUCCAAAAGUUUGCCCGCUCUGCAGAGAGGUUGACUACAAGAAGGUCACCGAGUCUUGCCAGGGCGGCACAGAGAGAACACGUUACGAGUGGAAGGCACCAGGCCGCUGCACGGGCGGAGUGUCACUUCCGCCCGAGACGAGAAACGUGUGUAUGGACCUGAGCCUGUGGCUCAAGGUGGGCAUCGGGGGCUCCAUCCUCGUGGCUGUUGCCCUCGUAUUCCUCACCUGCCUCUUCUGGAAGAAGAACAAGAAGCUGGAGUACAAGUACUCGAGUCUGCUGAUGAACGGCAGUGUCAAGGACGGCGGGGAGCUGCCUGCUGUGGACAGCUGCGCCAUCAUGGAGGGCGAGGAGGAGGACGUCAUCUUCGCGAAGAAGAAAAGCAAAUCCUUCUUUGGGAAAUUAAUGAACAAGAAGAAGGAUCCAGAAGAGGUGGAGUUUCAGUCUGUGCAACUGCAACUGAAGUCUUGAGUCAUAGGUACUUUGCAAGUUUACAUAAAGGUGUGCAAUUUGUAUUUGUCAGUUGCCAUUGGUUCGUCCAUUGCAGUACACGGCAUCGGAAUGUUUGCCUUGUUAAACGUUGUCAUGUCAUGCCUUGCAGCGUGAAAACUCUUAACAGCAGAAUUUUUUACACAAUCAAAGGUUGAUGUUCACGGUCAAUCGAGUUACUAGAUAUAUGCAUCAGGUGGGACUUUAUAAUUCCAUUAAACCUAUUUAGAGAAUAAUGUCGGGUGGUAUGUAAGCUGUAUAUUGUUGGUGUGUUUCAUACGUGCAAAGUUUGCUGUAUUUUAAUUGUGUAUAAAUAACACAGAAUAUCAGAAUCCGAAUAUUUAUUUAGACUGGAGGUAUCCGAUGACCUAUAGAGCUCUUUUUCACAGAUGUCCAGUAGGGGCGGAUACGAACGUUACAACAACAAACAGUACAAAAACAUUUUAGUAGUGCAAAGUACAAGAAUAAUAAACAAAUCAACCCAAACAUACAAUACGAAGCCAUCCCCAUCCUACCAGGCAAAGCCCAGUGAGGUAUUAACUUAUUUUUCAGAAGCGACCUGGCCACAAAUGAUAACUCGACAAAGUUGGCCAUCAUUUCGAUGCACGUUUGUAAACGUGGAGGGAAAAACGGACAGGAUUCGGAGAAAAAUACCCCGCGACCAAACUCCAAAUAUACAUCAGCAGGCAUCGGGGUCGGGAUUGAACCCCCGACCUCCUGCAUACCAGGCGAGGAAGAUCACAUCUCCUAGCCACCGUGGCACCCCUUUAACAAAUAAAUAAAUGAGAUCUAUAGCCAAGAUCAAGCAUGGUCAGUCCUGAGGAUAUGUUAUAUGGUUUGCUGAUGGACAAGUUGCACUGUUUUUAUUUGUAUCAUAGUCUGUACAAACCCUUGUUAAGUCUGUACGAAACAGUGGUGUUUAUGAUAAAUAACACAUUAUAACAUGUGUUAUUGCAAAUGUUAAGCCAUUGUAAAGAAUGUGGGGUGGGGUGUGGUGGAAAAUACUGACUCUACUGUGGGAUUGUGUUUGCAUAUUUUAUGGGCGUAAUGUUAAUUAAUGCUUGGUUAAAUUAAUAAAAAAAUGCAGCCCUUUGUCAA